UUUAUUGUUUUUUUUUUUCUCAUUUCCUUCAUUUUACCAUAUGGUUUACGCCAACAAAUAAAUCAUUCAAUUUUUCCUCACAAAAUAUCAAAUUGCCUAGCCACCAUGUCUAAUAACGAUCAGUUUUUCGUCCAAAGUGGAAACAAAGAGCAUGAACCCCGAACGUUCGUGAAGGGGUUCAUGCUCUUUGGUGUUAGAAUGAUGGAAGGUGCUGCUGCUACUGGUGGUUCAUUUAGGAAAAGUGCUAGUAUGAACAAUCUAGCUUUAUUGGACACCGAGCAGCAGCAUCAAGAUCAUUCUAACACCGGCUAUGCUUCUGAUGACGUUGUUCAUCCUUCAGCUAGGAGUCGUGAACGUAAACGAGGUGUAGCAUGGACAGAAGAAGAGCACAAACUAUUCUUGCUAGGAUUACAGAAAGUAGGAAAAGGUGAUUGGAGAGGAAUUUCUAGAAACUUCGUCAAAACAAGAACUCCAACUCAAGUAGCCAGUCAUGCUCAAAAGUACUUCCUCCGGCGUAACAACAGUAAUCGUAGACGCCGGAGGUCUAGUCUUUUCGACAUCACCACCGAUACAGUUCAGGGUGCUGCUAAAUUGGAAGAUAAUAAGCAAAUGAUUGAUUGCCGGAUGUCAGCUUUCCGGUUCGAGCCGUCGGUGAAGUUACCGGUCACCGGAGAAAGUUCGUCGGAGAAUUUCACGAUAGGAAUGAACAAAUCCAUGAAGCCUAUUAGACCAAUACCAGCUCUUCCUGUCCCUCCUUCAUCAAAAAUGGCAGAUCUCAAUUUAAAUCUGUCCACGUCAGCAUCGGUGACAGCGCCAAGUGAAAAAUCGUCGCCGCCACCGAGGCAUUCGCCGGCUUUCCAGCCCGCGAUGUCUGGUGGCUUCAGUGGUAGUACUAGUGGGGAUAGUAUAAUCAGUGUGGCUUGAAGAAUAAUGAUUGUUGUUAUUAGUUAAUUUAAGAUACAUGUGGUGUAAUUAAGUGGGGUUUAAUUAUUAGUUAGAUAAGAUUGGAUAUUAAUUAGUGGGAUUAGAUUAUGGAGAAAAUAUUAAUUAGGUGAUUGAUGAUGAUGAUUGCUUUUGUUUUGUUGUAUAGAUAUGGUGUUGUUUUCAUUAGUUGUGAUGAUUUUGUUGCUUAGUUAA